CGCUCCGAUGGUGAGUUCCCUCAUCUCCUACUCCCACUCUGCGUCCAAGCUGCCGGCUCGAGUCUCGACGCCCCUUCUUAUCCAUUGUUCGUUGUCCGUUUGCUGAUGGCUGACUUACUUGUCCUUAGAGGAGCCGAAGCUCUUCGUAGAGUAUCCUUUCGCAACGACAUUCAAAGAUUCCCAAUUCGUACCCUCGCAGAAAUGGCCGAUUCCGGUAUCCAUCCCGUAUCGGCCCAGCCCGCCAGAUCUGAGGGUAUACAAACUGACGACGAAACUGCCCUGACCCCCGACGAUACCACGAUACCAUCUCUGACCUCUUCGCCGCUGCAACAAGCCGUUGUCGAUCCUCAUAAGCUAGACGAUGUUUCUAAGAGUCCCCGAAUAUCGAGGAACCCUUCCUUUUCGGGAAGCAGUUCGUACCAUGAAGACUGGGAUUCGUAUCCCCCUCUAGAUCGCUUGACCGUUUUAGACCUACUCGACAAUUUUGCUCUGCCACAGCAGUUGGAAAAACUACAGAAAGGCAUUUCAGCCCAAACAGAGAAAGUCCGUAAAUCACGGGCUGCUCUUAAGACAAGAGGCCAGGAAGCCAGGGAGCGCAUGGUCGAAGAAUGGCGGCGCCGCGUACCGUCGGCCGAUGAGCAGUUAGUAAGGUAUAGGAAGCGCAUGAGACAGAGCGUUGAUAGAUUGAGCCGCCAGUGGAACGAUACCAAAGUCAUCACCUUGCGAGAGAAGGUGUCCUUUAUAGCCGGCGUCAUGAACAUCUUCAUCAGUGGCUACUUACUAGGUGCCUACCCGCAGUACUUCCACCUCUGGUAUACGGCCCAGCUUAUCUAUUUUAUGCCUAUUCGCUUCUAUACAUAUCGCCGGCGUGGUUAUCAUUACUUCUUGGCCGACCUUUGCUACUUCGUCAAUCUCUUACUCUUCCUCACACUCUGGGUCUUCCCGUCCUCUAAGAGAUUGUUCAUCGCUGCUUACUGUCUGGCAUUCGGAAACAACGCCGUAGCAAUCAUCAUGUGGCGCAAUUCGCUCGUGUUUCACGAUUUCGACAAGGUUACAUCUUUGUUCAUCCAUAUCAUGCCGUGUGCUACAUUGCACGCCAUAACUCAUCUAUUUCCGUCCGACGAACAGCGCGAACGUUUUCCUGCGCUGUGGGCCGUAAAGAACUCGCCGCCAGGCUCCCCAGCUGCCUAUGGCAAUCUCAUCUCGAUGCUCGCCUGGUCUACUAUUCCGUAUAUCUUCUGGCAAUUAAGUUACUACUUUUUUAUCACAGUUCGCAGGCGCGAAAAGAUCGCAGCCGGCCGACCUACCUCAUUCACCUGGCUCCGUCGCUCAUAUUCGAAGACUUGGAUCGGAAAAUUCGUACUUUCACUGCCGCUUAGCCUCCAGGAACCCGCGUUUAUGAUGAUCCAGUAUUUAUAUGCUGUACUCACUAUGUUGCCAUGUCCCCUGUGGUUUUAUAGCCGAUGGGCAUCGUCUAUUUUCAUGAUGGUAGUAUUCGUGUGGAGCGUCUACAAUGGCUCGACAUACUAUAUUGACGUGUUCGGCAAACGAUUCCAGAAGGAACUUGAAGCGAUGAAGGCUGAGGUUGCUAAGUGGCAGAACAGCCCCGACGUACUCGGUUCCCCAACGAUGACGCCAAUGCCCAUCCCCGAUAGUGAAGGCAAAGCCGGCAUCACAGAUACUGAAGAAGGUGUUGAGAAAGCUGUCAAGGUCCAGGACCCCGCAAGUGGGCGACGACUGAGCGUUGACGAAAUUCCAUUAUUGAAUGAGGAGAAACCAGGGAAGGGUGCUGAGCCGUCGACUAAAGAUGCGGUGGCUACCGGCAUCGAUGAACGUAUUGAAGAUCUUCCGCAGGCAAGGAAGUAUACCGGUGCGGUUUAAUAAUGAAGAAUGAUGGCAUUGUUGUUUUUGGAUAGUGUUGGGCGAGUUUGAAAAACUGGCUAAGACUGAGUUAAUAUCUUUUUAUCCUGAGUUUAAGGCACCAGCUACUAGCGUUUGUGGGCGAAGGCUCAUUUAUGGAAGUCCAUAAUGGACGAGAGCAUAGAUUUGUUAUCAUGUUGUUUUUCCCUCUUUGGAUUCGGAGUUUUGUGGAUGCACAUAUUGUCACGGUAGCUGCAGGGACAACAGACUAGCAUCGACAGCAUUGCUGUCAAAGACUGAUUCAGAAGACACCUCGAUACCCCUUCAAUUUCAAUUUUUAGUACAGCAGAGACGGAGUGAGGACGCAGCGGACGUAAGGAAUAACGAACGAGCAGCAGGACUUAAUGAGGGGGAUAACUCUACAUCACGUACCUAACCUAUCUAAACAUUUUAGUUAGAAUAAGGCUGUAGCAUGCUAAAAGUUUACGAUAAAUAGUCGCUAAUAGUUCUCAACGUCG